AGUACAUUAUCACCCUUUAGAAGUUUUAAGACAAAAACACCAACAUUAUGAGCAUGAACCUAAAUUGUUUUGCAAAUUACAGAAAGUACCUGUAGCUCAGAAUGUCCCGGAUACAAAUCAACGCUUAGCGCUCUCAUCCGCCAUCAUCAUCGCAAUACAAAUCAAUCAAACAUGCAGUGGAAUCUACAAAGCCUAGUUCCAAAUCCUACUAACACAACUUCCUCAACUUCCCAGCAGUUAUUCACCGCCGCGAACCAUUUACACAAAAAACAUAAAAUCGAAAGCUUUACUCUGCUACGGGAAAAAGCUGUGGAGGAGUUACCAAUUUCAAGUAUCUUCUCUAAUAAAACCACAAACAACAAUCAUUUAACUACAUAUAUCACAAAAUUCAACUAAAUUUUACUUAAAUUCUCAAUUAACGUCAAAUUAACUAACACAAUUUCAACAAAAAUUACAGCUUAAGUGCUAUCAAUUUCACAAAAAAACUAAUGCAAUUUUUACCCAAUUUCAUAUCAAUUUAAACUCAUAUUCACACAAUUUCAACUAAAUUUCAUAAAAAAUGCACUAAAUUUCAUACAAACAAAUUCAAUUUCACAAAAAAUUACAAUAAUAAUAAAUUGUAUAAAAUUAAACUAAAAUACCUUGAGAGGAAGAGGAGGUCAGGUGGGGGGAGAUGGCGGUCGAGACACUGGCGGAGGCGAGUGGUGGAGACACUGGUGGCGGCGGCGAGGAGGGAGACACUGGCUGCGUGGUCGACGGCGAGGCAAGGAGGACGAGCGCCACGACGUUAACAAACCGUGCGACGGCGGCCGGCGGUCUAGGAAAGCCGCGGAGGAGAUGUGUCAGUCGAAGUUGGGUGGACGGAAGAUUGCUGGGUCUGGAUGUCUGGAUCUGUGAACUGAUUUCGUCUACAGAUCUAAAAGAGGAUAACUCGAUUUUAGUUAAUUAUCUGCAACGGAAAUAAGUCCGUUGCAGAUUCCGUUGCAGAUUACACGACAUGUUUACCUCACUUUAUUCCGUAGCAGAUCUGCGACAAAAACAAAAGUUCCGUCGCAGAUAGUGUUCCUUUUUCAGAAAAUAUUACUCCGUCGCAGAUUCGUUGCAGAUCUGCUACGGAUAUGUGUCCGUAGCAGAUUUUCGUUGCAGACCAAAUAAAUUCUUGUAGUGGUA